AGACAACUAGGUAGGCACAGCGCAGCGCAGAGCUGUGAGGGAUGGAGAGCAGGGUUCCCACGUGAAAGACAGGCUUGAAUCCACGGGAGAAGAGGAGGGUGCGAUAAAAGACAACCGGAUAAAGGGGGUGAAGAGGAGAGUUGAGGAGCAGGUGGACCCAAGAAAAGGAUGCAACUUGAAGCUCACCAUGCAGCGGUGACAGAGAGAGGAGAGAAGCAGAGUGCAGCGCAUCCUCGCAUGCGAGCUAACACCAUCUACAGCCAUGGGAGAAUGACCCUUUGACUCCAGAACUGAAAUACAGAAAGUGAAAUCAACAAAACAGACAAAGCAGUCUGACGACAUAAGUUUCAGAAGGCAGCUCAUUAUGGGAAAACCCUCCGAAGACCAUCCCAUACAUGGGCUACUGGAUCUCCUGAGGGAUCAGGGGACAAGACAUGAGUACAAGAAGGGACUGCCAAGUUUGCAAACCUAAGGAUGAACAGGCUGUAUUCCCUGACUCUCUGCCCAUUGGCAUUGCAAGCCUUUUUGGCCUCAUCAUGAUAUUUGCAAGGGGAAAUUAGGAGAAAUGGGAGUAAAGGAAAAUGUGCACAAAUUUAAAGGACAUAUAAAAGCAUGGACAUGUUCAUUUUAACAAAAUUUGAUGCUGCUUUUCUCUAAUUUAUCUUAAUAUGUCAUAUUUUUGUAGAACUGAAGGUACAAUAUCACAGUUUCUGUAGAACUUAGCAUUGGUCACAGUGAUCUGACACACUCGUUUUACUGUCUAUGAUGUUGGUUUACCUUUUCCUGUGGACAUUGCAGUAAUUCUUCUUAAGGACAAUUAUUCUACAAAUGGACUAAGCUUUGCAGGAGUUGACCGAACUUUGUUCGGUUUUCUGAGGAAAAUGGGACUCGUCAAUAAAGUACAUAGCUCUUACAUGCAUUUAAUACUAUAGCAAAACAGUGAUGAAAAACGUACUUUCCUUGUUGACACAUGAACAAAAAGGCCUUUAAAACGGCAAACUGCCUGUGAAUGUUGGGGAAGAAACAGAGAGGCCGGAGAAAUGGUGAGCAAGGAGCCUAAUCACUUGCUCACAGGCCAAAGCAACGGCAAGAGCACCUUGGCGGACAAACUGCCCGGAACAAUGACUGUACGCUCUGUGCUGCUUAAUCGAGACUCACCAGAUAUUGAAAGUCGCCUCAAGCGCCGUCGCAACCGCACCCAUCAGGUUCGCUUCAAAGACCUUGAGGAUGGCAGUAGCAGUAGUGGCAACAGUGCAACAGGGGAAAAUAACACCCGUCAACGGCCUGCCAAGGACCGUGACAGCCCACAUCCUCUCCGGAAACACAACUCCAUGUCCCCUCAGCCAUGGACAGAUAGAACACACACUGAGGGCCUACUUGGUCAAACCUCUGUGGUGGGGGCUGUGCGUGGGGAUAUGGCAAGUACAAUAGAAAAGGUGGCUGCUUUUUUAGCACGGGCCCCACCUCAUCCACUAACACCUGGUCCUACACGCAGAUGUUGGGUGCCACCACAGUCUAACUCUCUAACUUUACCAAUGACACGAAGACCCAGUACAAGCACCAGCACAGCCAUUCAGACUUCACCAUGCCUCAAAAAACCUCAGUCACUCUCAUCCACCCAUGCACGUAGCCACAGCAUUGGGGACUCAGUUGGUGUGGAUGGAGAUGAUGAGCAUGACUCUCAAGAUGAGUACCUUAGCCACAACCAUGUGCUGCUUGGGUCCAAAGAUCAGAGUAGACCUCCGAACUGUGGGGAUAAAACUGUGGUAGAACGAAGAUCUAAAGUAUCAAAGACAGAACUUAAGUCAGGUGUUAUGGUAAAACCAUCCAGACACAGCUGUCCACCUUCAGUUCUUCACAAUAGUGAUCUGUGUCACAGUUCUUCAAUAUCUUGCCGAGAUGGUCCCAAGCGCCAAGGAAGUAGCACUCCUUCAGUAGUAAGGAGGAGAAAGCGCCUAAGCCGGACAACAAGUGAUCCUGGAAAAGAAGUGCACUUCUGCACCACUCCCACACAAACUGAAAGCCCCCCUCGAUCACCUCCUCCUACAAAUACCAAACUGUGUACGACUGAAGUUCAAACUGAGGGUCCAUCCUCACCUCCGGCUUCAAAGCAUUGCACCACCCAAAGUCAAACUGAACGUAAACAUCAGUCUCUAAAUUUGAGUGACGAACACUGCUCAACACAAAUUCAAACCACUAAUUCUUGUCCAACCCUACCUCAAAAUGUUGAGCAGUGUACCCCUCAAAAACAAGCAAACUCUCCAUGUCCAUCUUCCCCAAAUCAUAAACCUUGCACUACACAAUUGCCAACUUGUAGCUCUGUUGCCUCUCCACCUUUAAUUGCAUCACCCAGCUUAGAUUCUGACAUCCAAGUGUCUGCUUCUGCAGCUGAAAACCCUCCCACCACCAAAAUUUCUACUGUGCCUUACUGUACUUCUCCUCCAACACUGGCAAAUGCACCACUACAAAUUACUGAAAAAGGCUAUAAGGCAGCUUCUACAUCUCCUACUAAGCCAGCAAGUGUCACUAAUCCUCCACCAAACAUCCUACCUAUUCUUUCCUCCACUCCUGCACCUUCUGCUGCCCAAAGCCCUAUUCCUUAUUAUACUGUUUUGUCUCCACCAACACCACCCAGCAAACCGGCUGUUUGCUCAAGUCCUUCCUUCACUGCCCCUCAGUCCUCAUCAUAUAACUGCACAUCCCCAGUAUCAAUAUCAUACUCUUCCUUAACUUGUUCCACUCCUACUCCAAAUGUAAGCACCAUUUUAACAUCUUGUGAACCUAACAAACAGCCCAAUGCUGUUCCAAAUGUAAGACAUCAACAGCCACCACCAGGUCCAACAAAUAAUGUACCCCUCACAAACCUCACACCCUGUACAAUUGUGACUCAGACUGCCCUGUCUUGCACAUCCAUAUCAUAUUACACCAGUACUCAUACAGGUGGCCCACACACACCCCAGAUUAAUCAAACAUCACCUUCUUACACCACUGUUAUACAAACAGUAUCUCAUUGUAACAUUCCGUAUCAAACAGUGCAAAACACCCCCCCUGCCAGCACAGGAAUAACCCUUUAUCCUUCCCCUGUCCCUAGACUUGAAUCUUGCACUUCUCCACCUCCAAUUGUGAAAGCAUUUGUGUCCACUCUUCAGAAUGCUCAAGCUUGUGGGACUCCAACUAAAGCUGUUCCUUUGUACUCUUCAACAUUUCGUGCUGCACCACCAUAUACUCCCCCUUCUCAAGCCCCCUAUAAUGCUCAGGAUAAGAGGGGCAUUCGACUUCCACCUCCUCCUCCACCACCUCCUCCAUACACACCACGGAAAAAAGGAAGUGAGCCUGCAGUUGCCACAGCCCGAACACCCAUGUUCAGCACAGAGAGCAAGGCCAAUGAAAAAGGUAUGGAGAAGGAAGAGAAAAAGGAGGACACAAUGGAUAUGAAGUGUACAAACUCACCCAAGUUCUGUGGGAGAGCCAGUUCUCUGAAGCACAGAGCUCAAACUCCACCAGUUGCUGUGAUGAAGGGAGAGAGGCGCUCCUCUACCUCCUCCCCUGCCAAGGCCUGUUUUAAGCCCAGCUGUCUUAGCUCAGCCCAGGCUCAGCUUGGGGUGCUACACAAAAUGCUCUGCUCAGGAGCCAGCGUCAGGCCCAACACACCAAACAGCCAACACUCUCUGCCUCCUAACCAGCAGGGUUGCUCUGGUGCCAGGGGCUGCUCUGCCUCUGGAGGUCAGCCUGCAACUGGGCCGCUGACUCCCACAAAAGCUGACACUUUAAGACAGGUUCAGGAAAUUCUUGGAGGGUUGAUGUCUGGGGCCAGGUGUAAACUGGACCCAUCACGGGUGACCGAAAAGCUCCUGAGUCCCAAUGGACCCCUGCAUGAUAUUCGUAGCUUGCAGAACCAGCUUCACAGUCUGGAAGGCGUCCUGGAGACAAGCCAGAAUACGAUUAAGGUCCUGCUGGAUGUCAUUCAAGACCUUGAGAAAAAGGAAGCAGAGAGAGAUGGACAUUCCUACAGGACGGGGCAGGACAUUGAGAACUGUGGGACCUGCAGAGACUGCGCCUGCAUCAUCUACAGUGUGGAGCACGAUUUCCGUCUGCAAGAAGGGCAGGUGGUACGAACUUGGAAGGUGGGUGACCCUCCAGAGGGCUCACCACAGACUCCCACCUCCCAGGCCACAACACCUCAACAACAGGACUCUCCACAACUAAUGCGGCCCCCUGCCUCCACCAAGAAGAACCGGAAGAAGUGCUUUUGGUUCCUCUGAGCGUCAGGGGUAGGGGGGGGAGACAUUUUGUUACUGUAAUGCACCGCACAUGCUUCUUUACAAAAAAAUAAAUAAAAAAUUUUUGCUCUGUGGGGGAGUAGAAAAAAAAAACUGUGAAAUUACCAGGAUGAUUAAGAUGCAAACAAAUCACUAUGAGGGAGAAACAGUUUUUAAUCUGCUUCUGUUAGACAUGAUGGAAAUGAUUUCACUAGACUGCACAUGUUGUUUCUGUUGUCUUUUUAUUUAAAAUGCAUCUUCAGCACUUACAAAUUUGAUCCAGGUGCAGGAUGGAAAAAAAAUGCUGAACUCAAGGAAAUGCAAAAGUUUAGUCUGCCAUAUAACUCAUUGUCAGGAAGCUAUUAGGAGACAUAAAGAGAAUAUAUACUAUCCAGGUAUGGGGAGAAAGGGGCAAUACAGCAGAUAAGAGAGCAUAUUUAUUAAAGGUUAAAUUAGUAGAAUUUAUGGGGAAGGGGAGAAAGAGACUGAAUUUUUUCUUUUAUGGACUAAUGAGGGUCAGCACACCAGCUUUUAUAUCAGGUGACAUUUAAAAGAAAAAAUUAUUAUGACCCGAUUUAAAACUUUCAUUAUACUGUAACUGAUGAAAUAUUACAUGUGUCUACAUGUACAUACAGUGCUCACACACACACAAAAAAAAGUCCCACAUACUUGCAUAGAAAGUAUAUGUGAAUUGAUAAAAAUGGUGAAUUGAGUUCUGUAUGUAUCAGAGCUGCUUGGAUGCUUUAUUUCAGAUAUGGAUUAAUGCUCUAUAAAAGUAUUUU